GUAGACGACCCGUUGUAUCGUUCCGGUCGGUGGACGGGCGGGAUUGCCUGGUCGAUCGUCCUCUCUGCGGGGGACUGAGGACUAAAUCGUCAUAAAGAGAAGGUCCACGAGCUUCCUCCCUCGCCCCUUCCCGCGCUUACCAAACGGGCCAACUCAGGGAGGAUCUGGUAAGUUCAAAUGUGAACCCUGUGUCCGAUUCAACCCUAAUCUCCAAACCACUGAAAAGAGGGAAAAAGGAAGAAAAAUCUCCGGAAUUUAGAGGGAAAGAGCAAUUGAAAGAAGACGGAUUGUGGAUCAAUGGGGAUCACGGAGUCGUGGUUGCAGAAGCACCAUGAAUCCUUUGUGAAGGCAACAAUGCACCCUUUCAUCCUAAGCAUCAAGCAAGGCACCAUAAACCCUUCGUCAUUCAAGACUUGGCUCGCACAAGACUACAUAUUUGUUAGGGAAUUUGUUCCUUUUGUGGCCAGUGUGCUUCUAAAAGCAUGCAAACAAGUAGGUGAUCCAGAUGGUUGUGAGAUGGAGACUAUACUGGGUGGUUUGGCCUCUCUCCAUGAUGAGAUCUCGUGGUUUAAGAAGGAAGCAUCCAAAUGGGAUGUUUCAAUUUCCGGUAUUGUUGCUCAAGAGCCAAACAGAGAGUAUUGCAGAUUUUUAGGAAACUUGAUGCAACCAGAGGUGGAUUAUGCUGCAUGUAUUACGGCAUUUUGGGCCAUUGAGAUGGUGUAUCAAACAAGUUUCGAGCUGUGUUUGGAACCUGGCUCAAAGACCCCAGCUGACUUGCUUGAAACGUGCCAGCGAUGGGGAAACAGCAGUUUCAAGCAUUACUGCAGUUCCCUUCAGUCCAUUGCCGAUCACUGUCUAGAGAAGGCAGAGGAGGAUGUUUUGAGGGAAGCUGAAGAAGCAUUUGUAAGAGUUCUUCAUAAUGAAGUUGGGUUUUGGAACAUGAGUUACGGUGAUGCUCAAACUUCUUGAUGAAGGUCGACCAUUAAGAGAAUGAUCAUGAUGACGACGUCUAUGAUGAUGGUGAUGCUUUUGCUGCUUCUGCUGGUGAUGAGCCCUGUGGUUAAGUUGUUACGAAGUUCGUAGCUGUGCAGAGUAAAAAUGUCACCUGGUUAAUGAAAAUGUGUCUGCACCCUGUUGAGCAUUCGCAUCUUCAGUUUUAGGAGACUUGGCAGCGAAGGAAGAAGAAGAAGAAGCCUUUAUGGAAUUACAACCAUUUGUUGCGAAGUCUUAUAAAGCCAGACAAUGAGAAGAUACAAUGACAUGUUCUGAAAACACCACUUCCUGUCAUAUUAUUAACAUGUCAAAGAACAGCUUUGUCUACAUUUAGAUAUUUAAUUUUGAGAAAUUUAUGAAUAGCA